GCAUUCCACUACUGUAUUAGUUCCUUGUACAUGUACAUACGUAGCGUCCAGUGCGUGAACAGAGCCCAGCUAGAAGGCGUUGUUACGCACACAUCGACAAAGAGCGCGUUCAACUUUCAAGGAUAGUCGAUUCAUAACUUAUAUAUACUAGGCUAUGCAGGUGUUUAGGGAGAAGGCACUGCUUGAUGUCGCAUACAAACAGGGCCGCCCAUGCUUCAGCGAGGAAGCAACUAAGCCGGUUCUCAGCAGUGCAUUAUUUCAAGCGGAAAAGCUAUCUCUUGUGGGGAAGCCGGGCUUCGAGGAGUUCAACGCAGCAAAGGAGGAGCUAAUGGACGUUUUGACCGGGAGCGAAUGCCCGGUGCAGCAGACUGUACUGUACGAGCCUGGAAAGGCAAGGGCUGUACACUCCGUGAAGGAGAUCAGGGAUGCUCCCCUUCACCAGCAUCUAGCCGAGGUCACUGGCAGCAUAGACGACGGCCUGAUCAGAUAUUGCGGCAACCUGACCCUGGUGCAUGCACUGCGGUAUGGCGGUGGUGCGACACAGGGGCCAAUCUCGGAUGCCGAGGCGCUGAACCCAGGGCGAAGUGAGAGGGCGGAGCGGUUUGCCAGGGCAUUGCGGGCCUCGCUACCACACCUGUUUGCUACAGACACCUAUCUCGACCGUGCUGGCGUGGGGGCAACGGAGGUCUACCAUGGGCUCAACACCGCGGUGUGCGAUAUGCUAGCAGGAAGCAAGGGCUCACUGACGGGGUCGCAUGAGGAUUAUCCCAUGGCGGCACCAAGUGUAAUCGUAGUUCUCAAGGGCCACAAGCUUGUGUGGAUCGCUCCCGGCUCGUUCCGCACCCUGAUUGAGAACCCUAAGUACAAAAAGGCGGACAUUGACCUGUUGGUGCGGUCCAUGAGCACAGUGGACCCAGCGCUCCUAGCGUCUCUGUGCUCUGUGUUUGGCGGGGAGGUAUUGGAGCUCAGAGACAAUGAGGUCGGGGUGGUGCCGCCCUGCUGUGUCCAUGCGGCAUACAACGUGGAUGCAACGGUAUCCGUAAAUUACACGGUUUGCAGCCAGGCGCAGUGGCUGGCCUGCGUGCAGGCGACUGCCUUGACCUGCCAGGAGGAACGUGCCGCUGCAGCGGCAGCGGCAGCUGCAAAGCUGGUCGGCAGUAAGGACGAGGGGCUCGUCCAGGAGUCUGCUCAGCGGCUGCUGCGGCGUGCUGCAGAGACCGGGGGUUCGGAGAGCUUCGAGGGGUGCGUGGUCCUUUUCAACAAGGGCUACAUCGCGUGGAUGGAGAACCGCAUCAGGGCGGAGGUGGCAGUAGCAAAAGCGCUGCAG